AACCACAUUAAUUGACACCUGCCAAUCGAAACAGCCUGUCUAAAUGUAAGCAGACCAUUAAUAGUUCUGCCAAUCAAACCGGCCCAGACUCCAGGAUUUACCUACCGUUUUCGGAGCUUGUCAUGGCAGUGCGUUGCCGUAGCCACGUUAUGCUGGAAGUCCUAAAUAGUGCGUUUCCGCCUCGUUCAAGUUCCACGAACGGCUGGCCAUGGAGUAGCACCGGGAAUGCUGAAAACGACCGUGUUCCAAACAGGGAUGAGAUGAAUCUGGCCGUAUAUGCAUCACAAAAUCUCCCGAGCAACCGGCCAAAAGGUGCUAGCAUCGCGUGAUUCAUGAAAGAUGCAUGCGUGGAAACGGAACAGGCGAAUUUGGCUAGAUCUCAUGAUAUGUAGUGAGGUGGGGUUGAAGGCGAGAGGGAGCAGGGGGCCUGCGUCUACGUCCUCGGCAGGU